AUGUCUUCUCGCGCUUCUGCCAAAUCACCCACUCCAGGAUCCUCAUCCUCUUCGCGCAACCAGCCUCAGAGCCUCGCGCAGGAGCCCGCCAACACUGAGGACUUCGACAUGCCGGACCUCAAGUACGACUCCGAUGGAGAUAGCUCUUUCACCAAGGAAAGCUACGAUAAGCUCCGACGCAUAAUCCAGAAACAAGAAGCCGAGACAAAAGACAUACAGAAAAUCGUCAACGAAAACCGACAAGCAAUAGAAAACCUCAACGAGCAACUCCAGCACGCUGGACAGGCCUACAAGAAGCUGGAAGAAGACAUCAAGGGGGACGCCAACCUCCGGAAGAUCCAGGAACUCCAGGGGGAAAUCACCACCCUCCGGGCCGCCGCCAACAUCGUCACCACGCCCGUCCACGGAGGACGACAAAAGCUUAAGCUCAGUACGCCUGUCACCUACGACGGAACCCCCGGGACCCUCAAAGGAUUCCUGAUUCAGGUCAAAAACUACCAGAACUUUCACCACGGAGAUUUCACCAACGAGACCGAAAAAGUAGUACACGCAGCCACCUACCUCCGAGGAAAGGCCCUCAAGUGGUUUGAACCAAUCUAG